AAAGUUUUCGUUCGGGUGUCAAAUAGCGUUAAAAAAACAAAACGUCAAUGAGAAUCUGCGUCCAAUGCAGAGAAUUCCAUUGAUUAUCAUUGAAAAAGUCGUGCUAAAAGCAAGGGCUACUACUUUUCAUACACGUUAACCCGUACACCAGAAGUCAAACUCUCGGUUACCCCCGAUAAACGCGUAAGGCCGGAUAGUGUAGAGGUUAAGUGUCUCACCAUUGUCGAAAGCCAAGUGUCACUUUGUGAGUGCCGAAAAAAAUUCGCAAAAUCUUAAAAAGUAAAGUUUGUGCCGACAUUUAAAUGCAAUGAACGUGCCGCCACAAGUUGGACCUGUUCCAGGCAUGGCUGGGAUACCACCGCCGUUCGGAAUGCCACCCAUUGUGCCGCAAUUCAAUAUUCCGCCGCCCGGUUUCGGUGCGCCGCCAGAAUUGGCAUCCUUUGCCGCCGCCCCGACUUCAGAAUGGUCUGAACAUAAGGCGCCCGACGGCCGAGUUUACUAUUACAAUAGUAUUACGAAACAGAGUUCCUGGGAGAAACCGGACGAACUGAAAACGCCUGCGGAGAAACUGAUGUCGGCAUGUCCAUGGAAGGAGUAUCGCUCGGACACGGGAAAAGUUUAUUAUCACAAUGUAAAUACGAAGGAGUCGCGGUGGGAAGCACCGGCGGAGUAUUUGGAGAUGCAGGCGAAAAUCAAGGCGGAAGAGGCAGCGACAGCUGCAAAAGCGGUCGCCGCAAUGACAUCGUCCUCGAUGGCUGGAAUGGUGCUGCCUCCAUCAAUAGCGGCUUCAUUGCCUAUAAUUCCUCCAAUGUCUAGUAAAUUGAAUUCACCGGCGGAUUAUUCCAAUUCACCUGCUCAGAACACGCCAGGAAGUAACGAGAAUUCUUCCUCGGCGUUGGACCAAGCGAUGGCUGCCACGCUCGCAGCAAUAGAAAUGCCUGAAUCGAAAAAUGAAGAGAACGAGAAACCGAAAAAACAGCCGAGCCCCGAGCCCGUUCAAGUGGAGUUCAAGGACAAGAAGGAAGCGAUCGAGGCAUUUAAGGAGUUUCUCAAAGAAAAAAAUAUACCGUCGAACUCGACUUGGGACCAGUGCAUGAAGAUAAUUUCCAAGGAUCCUCAGUACAACGCAUUCAGAAACCUCAACGAGAAGAAACAAGCGUUCAACGCAUACAAAACGCAAAAGUUGAAAGACGAACGAGAGGAGUCUCGUCUGCGCGCCAAAAAGGCAAAAGAGGAUUUGGAGAAGUUUCUAAUGUCGUCCGAGAAAAUGAGUUCAACUGUAAAAUAUUAUCGUUGCGAAGAGCUGUUUGGUUCGCUGAAAAUAUGGUCGUCUGUUCCGGAACAGGAUCGUCGCGACAUCUACGAGGAUUGUGUAUUCAACUUGUCGAAACGGGAGAAGGAAGAGGCGCGGCUGCUGAAGAAACGGAACAUGAAGGUGUUGGGCGAGCUAUUGGAAUCGAUGACGAGCAUCACCCAUCAGACGACGUGGUCUGAAGCACAAGUGAUGCUGCUCGAGAAUUCCUCCUUCAAAAACGACGUAAACCUGCUAGGCAUGGACAAAGAGGAUGCAUUGAUUGUUUUCGAGGAGCACAUUCGGAGUCUGGAGCGAGAAGACGAGGAGGAAAAGGAACGUGAGAAGAAACGUUUAAAGCGACAGCACAGGAAAAAUCGUGAUGCAUUCUUAGCCUUAUUGGAUAGUCUGCACGAAGAAGGAAAACUGACAUCAAUGUCUCUUUGGGUAGAGUUAUACCCAGUCAUUUCCGCAGAUUUAAGGUUUUCAGCGAUGCUCGGUCAGUCUGGCUCGACUCCAUUAGAUUUAUUUAAAUUUUACGUAGAAGACUUGAAAGCUAGAUUCCACGACGAGAAGAAGAUCAUCAAAGAAAUUCUCAAAGAGAAAGGAUUCAUCGUCACGCCUGGCACAACAUUCGAAGAUUUCGCCACGGUGGUUUGUGAAGAUAAACGAUCCGCAACACUCGAUGCGGGCAAUGUGAAAUUAACUUAUAAUUCCCUUCUCGAAAAAGCCGAAACGGCAGAGAAAGAACGUCUCAAGGAAGAAAUGCGACGAGUUCGCAAGUUGGAGAAUGAAAUCAAAUCGGUUUGGUUGGAAUCUGGCAUAGCAAUAACAGAACCGUAUGAAACGGCAAAGAAAUUAGUAGAACACUUAGAAGCGUAUGCAAUUUAUGAGAAGGAUACUCCGGUGGAGAGAAUUUGGGAAGAUUUUGUUAAGCAAACGGAAGACUCAUGCACACAUUAUCAUUCGCGAUCGAGAAAAUCGAAAAAGAAUAAGAAACAUAAGAAACGAUCACGAUCUAGGUCGAAAUCGGACGCUGAGGGAGCAUCUGACUUGGAACGCGGAAAAAAGAGAAAAUAUUCACGAUCACGUUCGCGCUCCACCAGUUCCGACAGUAUAACCAGCGAAAAACUAUCAAAGAAGAAAAAAAAGAAGAAGCAUCGACGCACUUCCCGUUCCGCCUCAUACGAAUCCGAACGACUCUCAUCGGCUGAUGUUCCACCCAGUCCUGAUACCGUAUCACAGCACAAGAAAAAGAAAAAAGAUAAAAAACGUAAAAAUAAAGAUGAACAUCGAAGACGAUCACCAUCAGCUAGUCAAGGUAGUGGUGGUUCAGAUAAAGCAAAUUCAAUAUCGUCAUCGAAAAAUGGCGAUGAUCCGGGUCUAAGUGAAACAGAAUUGGAAUCCCGUCGAGCUGCACUUUUGGCACAAUUGAAUGAGCCAAUGGAAGAUUGACGGUACUAUAAGAAACGAAGCGUUAGUUGGAAACGCAGGAGAUAAUUUUAAGACUUUAUUUGUUUUAAAUUAUAAAUAAAGAUGAGAAACUAUAAUGAUACGCGAAACCAAUAUAAUAGAAUCAAGAAAAAAAGGAAUUUUGAAAAUUUA